AUGCCAGAAGAGACAAUACUCGUCCCUCUUCAACCGCCGCAUGGUUGCAGACUCUGUCUGCCCAUUCCUAGGGAAUACUCUGACCAUGCGGGUCUGGUUAGGCAUUUAAAACGUGAUCACGCCACUUCCCUCACAUUUGAGUGUAGGGCGUGCGGGCUCAUCUUAGACAAGCUAAAGGCCAUGAAAUACCAUCAAACCAAAUCUGAGGCUUGUCGUGCCAGCAUCGAAGCUGCCACUCCACCUCCUCCGCCACCCCCUACUAAUGGGAUAAGACGUUGUAUACCAAUACGACCUAGGAAACGGCGAGCCACCGGCCACCCCCCCUCUACCACCCAGCCCGCACCAGAAAGCGACCAAUCUUCUGACGUUUCCUCACCAACUGUGUCUCCAGUCAUCAGGUCCAGACCCCGUCGCAGGAGAACUACCAGAUCAUCGCAGCUCACCCCAGCAGAGGAACAGUCUCCAGGUGUACAACCCGUAUCAACCCAAACCACGGGACCUUCAACCCCCUUGUCUAGGCCGCCUGAUUCAUCAGGUCAGAUCACCAGUGGCAACCUCUCAUCUCUCGGCCCGCAUCAGCCCAUCCACCAGUUCCCACCCACUUCACCUGGGCCCCAUCCCACCAAUCUGCAACCCCAUAGCCAACAGGGCGAUGGGGACCUCUCAGGCCAGAUGUCCGUCCCUGGCCCGCAGAACGGUGAGGCCCACCCUAGCCAGAUGCGAAUUCCUGGCUUACAGUCGAGCAGCCAGACGUCCAUUCCUGGCUUGCAGUCGAACAGCCAGACGUCCAUUCCUGGCUGCCCUGCCAAUGACAUGCACUGUCAGAUGUCCAUUCCUGACCAGCAUAACAAUUGCACUCUCCCUAGCCAGACCUCCGCUCCUAGCCCACUGUGUAAUGGUGCCCACACAAGCCAGAUGUCCACUCCUGGCGGCCACCCCAAUGGCGAGGACCCUCCGUCUUGGGUAUCUGCGUGGGUAACUCGCUUUGAUGCAGUCCUGGACGAGGACAUGAUGGAGAAUAUACUUGGUGACUUCAUCGCCCUCGCACACCAGAUCUGCAACAUCACAGCACCACGGCAGCGUUACGGCACACGUGCCCCAAGCACAACACCUCGUGACCCGCCCCGGUCAGACGCUAGCGAACUUCAACGCCUGUACAAGGCAAAUCGUAAGCGUGCUUUUGACCGGGUAGUGGGCGGGCCACCCCGUUACUGCACUGUGGACCCACGCACAAUCUCCAACCACUUCCGCACCAUGUACGAGCGACCAGCCCCUGAAGCUGUCGUUCCUGUUCCAGCCGACCCAUGCCCUCCACCGGAGACCAGUAACCCUUUUGAGGCCCCCUUCACGCCACAGGAGGUGGCUACUAGAAUCGCAAAGGGGCACAACACCGCUCCAGGUCCGGACAAAAUCCGGUAUCUUCACUGGAGGCGGAUUGAUCCAAAGGGCAUAAUUCUAUCUUCCAUCUUCAAUGCAGUCUCAAGGACGGGCUAUGUCCCCCGCAGCUGGAAGGUAUCCACAACGGUGCUGAUUCACAAGAAAGGCGACACGGCCAACCUAAAAAACUGGCGCCCUAUCUGCCUCUCAAACACCUUGGGCAAACUGUACACAGCUUGCCUGGCAGAUAGGCUACUUCGCUGGUGCUCUGAUAACAACCGCCUCUCGCUAUCCCAAAAAGGCUUCUUGAAUUACCAGGGUUGCCUUGAACAUAACUUCGUCGUAAAAUCGGUAAUUCAGGACGCUAGGAGGUCUUUGAAAGACUGCUGCAUAGCUUGGCUAGAUAUAGCCAAUGCUUUUGGCAACAUACCCCACCACACGCUGUGGGAGUCCCUCAGAUGGCAUGGCAUCCAUCAAGACGCCAUAUGUGUGCUUCAGCAGCUAUAUGAGGGCUCUUCCACUUGCGUGCGCACUAGCACGGGGUAUACUGACCCGAUCCCCAUGAACUCGGGAGUCAAACAGGGGUGCCCAAUUAGCCCCCUGCUUUUCAUCUUGGCACUAGAACCGGCAAUUCGUCGGGUUCAAGCUCUAGGAAAAGGCUAUUCCCUUCAUGGAUGCAGUAUUGACAUAUUGGCAUACGCUGAUGAUGUGGCCUUGAUUAGUAGCUCGCCAGAUGGCUUACAGUCGCAGCUUAACUCCAUCUCUGACUGGACAGCAUGGGCCGGAAUUACCUUCAACUAUUCAAAGUGUGGCACCCUCACUGUAGCUGGGAAAUCUCAUGCCACCAGACCCACUGUCUUCACCAUCAACGGUCAGGAGUUACCAGUGCUUGGUGACAGAGAUGCUUAUAGACAUCUUGGUGUCCCCACUGGCUUCACACGCUGUGACACUGAAACUGCUACCAUAAAUAGUAUCAUACAGGCCAUAGAAAAGUUGGACUCAUCAAGGCUUGCCCCAUGGCAAAAAAUAGAUGCCAUCAAUACCUUUAUAAUGCCAAAACUGUCGUUUUGUCUGACUAAUGGGACAACGCCAAAGAAAAUCCUUGACAAUAUCAACCGAACCACCAAACGCUGUCAAGGAGGCACAAACCUCACACCUACCAGCCAGUUGGCAGACAUUGCCCAACUAUGUCAUGCGCUUCACCUCUUCCAAUCCAGAGACCCUAACAUCACUUCCAUAGCACAUAGCGCACUCGAGGGAGUAGUGAUGAAACGUAUCGGCAGGCGGCCCUCUCCCGAAGACCUAUGUAGCUAUCUCAAUGGGUCCAUGGAAGAUGUUUUUGGUCUUCCUAGCAAAGACAUCUCCUCUACCUGGAUGAGACUCAGAAUGGCCACUCGGCGUUUAAAGAAAUACCUACACUUUGACUGGACAAUUGGUCCUGACAACAUUCCAAUCAUAACUGCCGAGGGCAAAUGGCUACGUACCGACAACUGCCAUCAAACCCUCACUGGUCUCAUGAGGAUUUACCACCUUCAGAAACUUAUCGCAAAACCAGAUCAAGGGAAGGCUUGUGGAGUCACGGCGGCCAGCGAAGCCAGUAACCACUUUAUCAACAAUGGCAGAUUCACUCGUUUUGCCGACUGGUUUUUUGUACAUCGGGCCAGACUAAGUGUGGUUGCCCUCCGCGGCCACAAAAGGUUUGGGAACGACACCAAGCGGUGCAGGAGAUGCGGAUAUGCCCGCGAAACCCUGGCCCAUGUACUUUGCCACUGCCCCCCAAAUUUCCACUUAAUCACCCGGCGCCACAAUGCUAUCUUGCAACGCAUCAUCACUGCCUUCCGACCGAAAGAUGCGACGGUACUGGUCAACCAGCGAGUGCCUGGUUUUGAAGUAAACUGUAGACCCGACAUGGUGGUAAUCCACGAGCCCUCAAAAACAGCCACCAUUGUCGACGUGACCGUACCAUUUGAAAAUGGUCCUACGGCCUUCCAGUCAGCCCGUGACGAAAAGCUUCAGAAAUACAACGCCCUGGUUCAGCACUUUCGUCAGAAGGGAUACAAUACACAUAUAAGCGCCUUCAUCAUCGGAGCGCUGGGAGGCUACGACCAUGCGAACGAGGAGACCCUACAACGACUAAACAUCAGCAGGCGAUAUUCGAAACUUAUGAAGCAGCUGAUGGUUAGUGAUACGAUCCGGUGGAGCUGCGACAUCUACAAGCGUCAUCUGGGAUACCAGCGACAGAACGAAGCCCCGCAACACCGACAACGGUAA